AUGUACUCCGCUAGCAUUCUCCUCUUCUUUCUUCAUUUUCAUUCCAGUAAUAUUUAUACUUUUGGAAAUGAAAUUACUUCAAAUACUACUAAAAUAUGGACUAUAUAUUAUCCACAUCAAUUUGAUAGAAAUAAGCACUGCCAUACGUUACGUUGUUCAAGUGAUGAAUUAUGCGUCGUAAACGAGAAAACAGCACGUUGCGUGAAAAAUGAUAAACUUCACGAUGUAGAUGGUUUUCAUGUUGAUUUUACAAGUGGUAAAUUAAUUUAUCAUGAUGAUCAGGAGAAAAGCCAUUACAGAAAUAGUCGUAUUCAAUCAUCAAAACAUAAACAUGAACAUUUGCCGCGACACUAUGAGCACAUCGAAACGACAAAUUAUGAAUGUGACGAGAAGAAAUUACAUAGUAUUGGUGGGCGCUUAUUGCAAUGGUUCAGUGAGAUGCAUAAAUUAGCAACUAUCGAUUCCGGAUUACCGCUGCACAAACAUAAGACAAUGUGCCGUAAGGAUGUUGCAUGGAUGUUCCAACAAUGGGAUGGUAAUAAUGAUGGGGAAUUGAGCAUAAAGGAAUUAAUUCCAUUAGAAACAGAUUUAAACGAGAAAUGUCUAAAAGCAUACAUUGAUCGCUGUGAUACGGAGCCAGGCAAUGAUAAUGUGAUAACAUUAGACGAGUGGUGUGAUUGCUUUGCUUGGGCUGAUAAUGAUCGCCAUGAACCACCAUGUCAUGCAGCAAAACAUCAACAAGAUCCACAUUUAUUGGGUACCUUUCAUCCACGUUGUACAUUAGAAGGAUAUUAUAAGGCAGAGCAAUGUCAUGAGAAUUUCUGUUGGUGUGUUGAUAAAUAUGGUCGAGAAUUUGAUAACUCACGGGUAAUGGGUGGUCUUCCGGAUUGCGGACAAUAUGCGACUGAAAUGGAUGAGAAUGAAAAGGAAGAACUUAUGGCGGAAUUAUGA